AAAUCUAAGUUCCCAUAAGCAAUAUUCCACACACACACACACAGAGAGGGAGAAAUCUACCUUAAAAAUACAGUCUAGUACCUGAGAUGGCAGUGAAUCUCCCAUCCUAUGAUCAUGCAGAUGAAGACUACAUUGACAUGGAAAUCAGUUCGUUCCCCAACUCGUUCUGCCACUCUGUGUGCUCCCCUCCUCACACCAGAGAGUUUGAAUUUCAAAUGUCUUCAAGCUCUAUGGAGAGAGAGCCCACAACUUCCCCAGCUGAUGAGCUUUUUUACAAAGGGAAGCUCCUUCCCCUCCACCUCCCUCCACGACUACAAAUGUUUGAAAAGCUCCUAGAAAACUCGAACUCCAUUUAUGAAGACAACAAGGAUAACUUUGAUGAAUUCUAUAGCACCCCGUUAGCCACUACUCUCACUACACCAACGACAACCAGCACUCCCUUUGAAUCCUGCAAUAUCUCACCUUCUGAGUCUUGUCAGGUUAGUAGAGAGCUGAACCCAGAGGAGUAUUUCUUUGAGUAUCCAUCAGAUGAAAGUGGCUUUAUAGGUGAACACCCAAAAAAGUCUUGGACCAAGAAGCUUAAGCUGAUCAGGCAGUCCUCAAUUGGAUCAAAACUGAAGGCUUCCCGGGCUUAUCUGAAAGCUUUAUUUGGCAAAUCUGGUUGCUCAGAUGAGUCCUGUGCGGCCGCAGCAAAAGUUGCAGAUGAAGGAUCAAUUGCACAAGCCAGAGAGCGUCAGGAUAAGUACAUGAAAGCAGCCAAGAAAAGUCCAAUCGGACGGAAAGAAAAAUACCAAAUUCCAACUGCUUCCAUGAGGAGUUUUGACAAGGCAAAGAUAACAGAGGAAAAUGCUGGCCACCAUAGGAGAUCAUUCUCGCUAGCUAUCAAGCGACAUCCAACAAAAAGGUUCUCACCCGUUUCAUCGUCAUCAGACUCUUCUUCAUCUUCGAGCUCAAACUACUCAAAUCGGUUUCAUGCUCUGCAAUUUCUCAAGAGAAGCAACAGUAUGAAUUCAGAGAUUGAAAACCCAAUUCAAGGAGCAAUUGCACAUUGCAAACAGUCUCAGUAGCUGAUGCUUUCUAGAAAGGCUGUAGCUGUAAGUGAAGUUAGCUUUUACUCAUUUUCAGCUUCCAGCAAAUCUGUUUGUGAAGAUCAAGAGAGAAUGCACCCCUGCAGGAGCUGAAAGAGAGAGAGAGAGAGAGAGAGAGAGAGAAAGAGAAUCAUGCCAAAAUACCAAUAUUAGUUUGGUGUCUGAUGUGUUUCUUUUUUCUUUCAUAAUGUUAUGUUAUCAUGACUUGAAAAGUUCAGCUUUGAUAGUCCAAUCUUUGAGACAAUGAGUAAGAACACAGUGAAUAAUGAAUCAGAGAUAAUUUACAUCAAAUUCAAAAUUCAGGAAUAUCUUCAGCCUGUGAAUCUGUCAAUACUGAUGAUAAAUUUAUAAAUUCCCCUUAGCCCCAGUCAUAGACACCGUGUGAACGUAGGCUCUUAUUCACCCAUCCAUAGAAAGUUUGAGAGAUUGUUCACACAGCGCCAAAGGUUUCCCUACUUUCACCUAUGUUCUCGAAUGACGUUCAAAAAACAUUUCCUGCUAUCAACAUUCAAAUUUCAAAGUGCAGAUGAAACUUGGUUGCCACGAAGUCUAUUGGUUGAUAUAGUUUCCUGAAAAUAUAUAAAGGCAAAGUAAGCAU